AUGGCAAUAUUUACCAGUGGUACAGACAAUUCGUGUGACAACUAUACAAUGUUUAUUACUUAUUCGUUUUGCCCAGAAACGAGUUUGUCGUUAUUUUCAAUAUGUGAUUCUCUCUCUCUCUCUCUCUCUCUCUCUCUCUCUCUCUCUCUCUCUCUCUCUCUCUCUCUUUUAGAACAUUGCCAACUGGAACCGCUCUUGGAAUUCGUCAUUAAGUUGUCGAAUUUAUACAGCACAGAUUUUUUUUCAAUAUCCAUCCCAGUUUCACCACGCCUAAUUAAUGGAUCCUUCUUGUUUCACUGUUUCUUUUGUCCCUGCUCUCUCUCUCUCUCUCCCUCUCUCUCUCUCUCUCUCUCUCUCUUUCUGACUGCCUCUACGUCUACUUUUCUUUCUCUGUCACUGUCUUCCUAUCUACCUGCCUGUCUGUCUGUCUCUCUCUUUCUGACUGGCUCUACAUCAACUUUUCUUUCUCUGUCUCUGUCUCCCUCUCUGCCUAUCUUUCACAUUUCUUUCUUUCUUUCUUCAUGUCCAUUACGUACACAACUUGGUAUCUUCUGCCGCCAUCCCAUCCACAAACAAUUUUUUUCUUUACUUACACUUUUUCCUUGUCCUCCAUACUUUUAUAUUCCCUAUCUUGCAAUCUGUUCUUCGUUAAAAUUUGCCAGCGUUGGCCUUGGACAACCAGAAAAAUAUCCGUUCACUAUCUAUCUACCUAGUAAAAGAGAGCUGAAUAUGUCGUCAAAAGGAAGACUCCCGAAAUCUACCCUCCUCCACAUCUCUAUCCUCUUCUCUCACCUCCCUCUGUGCCACUCUCAAUCGUUCUUUCCUUUUCUCUCUCUCUCUCUCUCUCUCUCUCUCUCUCUCUCCUCCCCUUUUCCCUUUUCUAUUUUUCUCUGCUUAUUUUCUGAAUUAAGGCAACUACUUGUUGCCAGUGGUGUUUCACUUAAUAUUGCCGCAUACCAUAAUCAUUACAAUAUUGAUAUGAGUUAUAAAUGUGACCGAAUUCUCGAACAUUUUCUUUCUAUCUAUCUAUCUAUCUAUCUAUCUAGGAUUAAUACAAAUAUUAAAUUUGUCACUUAG